UUGUGGUAGCUGCCGGGGUGUGGAAGCUGUCGCACGUCUGCGCCUGGACCCGCAUAGGCCGCGGAAAAGACCUUUCACAGUGAGCCACAGCUGGAGAGGUUUUCACUCACCGUGAGAAAUCAAGUGAAAUGACAAACAAUGAGACAGUGCAGACCUUUUUUUAAAUGUUUCACUGUGUGUGCUAUGUUAUGCUUCACGCUGUCCCGUACUGUGGUUGUUUUUGGGCGCUUGGCAGCGUCGAAAGAAGCUGCCGCAAGAAAAGCCGCCUCUCCGAUGCCGCCCUCCGAGUUCCUGGACAAACUCAUGGGCAAAGUUUCGGGCUACGACGCCAGAAUCCGACCGAAUUUUAAAGACCCCAAAGGCUCCAAAAAUGAAGCUACUCACAAGAAAGGUCCGCCUGUAAACGUCACCUGCAACAUUUUUAUCAACAGUUUUGGGUCCAUUGCUGAGACAACAAUGGACUACAGAGUGAACAUCUUCUUGAGGCAGCAGUGGAACGACCCCCGGCUGGCCUACAGCGAGUACCCCGACGACUCGCUGGAUCUCGACCCAUCCAUGUUGGACUCCAUCUGGAAACCUGACUUGUUCUUCGCCAACGAGAAGGGGGCCAACUUCCACGAGGUCACCACCGACAACAAGCUGCUACGCAUCUCUAAGAACGGCAACGUGCUCUACAGCAUACGAAUAACACUGGUUUUGGCCUGUCCCAUGGAUCUGAAGAACUUCCCUAUGGACGUCCAGACCUGCAUCAUGCAGCUGGAGAGCUUCGGCUACACCAUGAAUGACCUCAUAUUCGAGUGGGACGAGAAGGGAGCCGUGCAGGUGGCCGACGGCCUGACGCUACCUCAGUUCAUACUCAAAGAGGAGAAGGACCUGCGCUACUGCACCAAGCACUACAACACAGGUAAAUUCACCUGUAUCGAGGCUCGUUUCCACCUGGAGCGUCAGAUGGGUUACUACCUGAUCCAGAUGUACAUUCCCUCGCUGCUCAUCGUCAUCCUGUCCUGGGUCUCCUUCUGGAUCAACAUGGACGCCGCGCCCGCCCGGGUGGGUCUCGGCAUCACCACCGUGCUGACCAUGACCACGCAGAGCUCCGGCUCCAGAGCCUCCCUGCCCAAGGUGUCCUAUGUGAAAGCCAUCGAUAUCUGGAUGGCCGUAUGCCUGCUGUUUGUGUUCUCGGCCCUGCUGGAGUACGCCGCCGUCAACUUCAUCGCCCGCCAACACAAGGAGCUGCUGCGCUUCAGACGGAGGCGACGACACAUGAAGGAGGAUGAGACGGGCGAGGGGCGCUUCAGCUUCCCCGGCUACGGCAUGGGCCCCGCCUGCCUGCAGGCCAAGGACGGCAUGGCCAUCAAGGGCAACAACAACAACGCCCCGGCAUCGGCCGCGCCCGAGAAGAGCAUCGAGGAGAUGAAGAAGCUGUUCAUCAGCCGGGCCAAGCGCAUCGACACUGUGUCCCGUGUGGCCUUCCCGCUCGUCUUCCUCAUUUUUAACAUUUUCUACUGGAUCAUUUACAAGAUCAUCCGCAGCGAGGACAUCCACAAGCAGUAGUUGAGAGGCGGAGGAGGAGGAGGAGGGUGAAGAUGGUGCAAAGAGGAGAAUGCAGAGAGAACAAAAAGAGAGAAGGAAACAGAGAGAGAUGACUCCAAUAGGAGAUAUCAUGGCCCCUUUUUUCACGCCAACCAUGCCUCCUUUCCUCGUCCUCUUCCUUCAUCCUCUUUCACUUUUGGUCGAGGAUGAGAUGCUUUUGGUGGCGAACCCUACCUGACCCCUACUAGACAUUAUUUGAGAUAUCUAUUGCUUUCUUUUCCCUUUAUUCUCCUCUCCUGCCCCGAAUCCCAGCCCUGUUGCUCCCCUCCCUUUACACCUCCCGAAUAAUCCGGACCAGUGCAAUAGCAAUGCAGUAAAAUGCAUGAUAUAUGAAUGUGGCAAUAUAUAAAUGAAAAGAUUAAAAGCGAAAAAGUAAACCCGGACUUUUGCAGGCACACCCGACGAACUGUGUGGGAGUGGAUGGAUUGGAGCGAAAGGAGACGAUGAGAGGGUCUGUAAAGGUUUUGGUAUUUGAUUUGAGGUUUUUUUGUGUGAAGACAGAUAUAUAAUUCUAUGAA